CGAUAGACCGUUAUGGAACCGGCGACAGUUUGAUUCAAUUUGAUCAUCAUUACAAAACCGUGAAAAGUGAAAAUGGAAAGUGGCCUAAUAAAAAUAUUGCUGUGCGGCUUCUGCCUUGUGGUAGUUGCAACUGCCUGGCCGAUAACUUCGGAUACCGAUGCCGAAUUUUCCGGUGACCGCUUCGAGGGUGAUAUGGUUCUGUCUGUAGCUCAAAAAAAGGCCAUUUUCAGUGGUGAACGCAAUGGACUGCUGGACGAAAGCUACCGUUGGCCCAACAAUACGCUGUACUACACAAUUGAUACGACGAAUUUUACAAGCGACCAAACGCACUACAUUCGGAAGGCGUUGGACCACCUCGAGGAAGUUUCCUGUCUAAGGUUUGUGGAGACGGAUGCCGGUUGUUCGUCGUGCGUUCGGGUAAUCGGUGAUUCUGGCGGUUGCUACUCGGAAGUCGGCUAUCUGGGCACGGUACAGGAUUUGAAUCUGGCCCCGAACCGACCGGAAAGUGGAUGCUUUCGAUUGGGAACGAUAAUGCACGAGUUCCUGCACGCCCUCGGAUUCUACCACAUGCAGAGUGCCAGCAAUCGGGACGAUUAUGUGACCAUCGUUUGGGAUAAAAUUACCUCCGGUAUGGAGCAUAACUUCAUCAAGUACCAGGCUAGUGAAGUGAGUAGCUUCGAGACCCAGUAUGACUAUGGGAGUGUGAUGCAUUAUCCGGGAACGGCGUUCAGUGUUGAUGGCAGUUUGACUAUUAUUCCCAAGGAUCCGAAUGCAACGAUUGGACAAAGAGAACGGCUCAGUGAAAGUGAUAUUUUAAAACUCAAAAGAAUGUACAGCUGUUAGAACGGUCGAGAGUAACAUUGAUAAGCGGUUUGUGAUGUAGAUGUAGAUUAAAAUGUAUUUGGUUCCAACGGGAACAAUCUAAUUAA